UGGGGGUGGGGGCUAAAACGUUUCUUUUGUUAUUUUGGAGUGAAGAAGCAAGUAUAGUUCCCAAAAGCAUAAGCUCCCACAGAGAAAAGCUAUUUCCAUCAUUGCAAUAUAGAGACAUGGUUUUUCAUUUUCCGUUGUAUUUACAAAUUGCAAAUGAAGGUUAGGGUUAUGCAAAUUUUGGGGGAAAAAGGUUCUUAUUGACGUAUAUAUUAUAUGAUGUAUCCUACGGGCAAAAGGCAGUAUCGCUAUCGAACUUUACCUCCUGAUAUACUUAGCAACCUUCCUCGCAAAGUAAUUGAUGAAAUUCUUAUGUGUUUGCCUUUGAGAGAUGCUGUGAGGACUAGCAUCUUGUCAAAGAGAUGGAGAUAUAAAUGGCGUAGACUUCCACAAUUGACGCUUGAGCACACACUUUGGAAAAAAGAAGAGAAUAUAACAGACCUUACAAGUAACUUUUCAGAGAUUGUCAGCCACAUUUUAGUCUAUCAUGCAGGACCAGUUAAAAAAUUUAGCCUCUGCAUUCCUUAUUUGGACCGAUGUUCUAAUAUUGACAGCUUGAUAAAUUUCCUUAGUAGAAAUGGCAUUCAACAUCUUGUUCUUAGACUUCCAAUCAGGGGUAGCUCGUACGAGUUGCCGCCAUUGUUUUUCACAUGUUUCCAGUUGAGGCAUCUGACUCUCCAUAAUUGCUCAAUACAUCAUCCACCACACUUUAAAGGGUUUGAUUGGUUAAUCAGCCUAGAACUACGAGAUGUUACAAUAUCUUCCAUGUUGCUUGAACGUUUAAUCUCUCGAUCCCCGUUACUUGAGCAGUUAGUGCUGCAUAUCUCAGGUGCUUUAAGCAACGUCAUCAAAAUUAGUGCUCCCGUCCUGAGAUCCUUUGACUACACAGGCAAUAUAAGAUCUGUCUUUUUAAAAAAUGUUCCUCUUCUGGCAAAAUUUUCACUUUCGCAUAGGGAAUAUCAUGUGGCAGCAGGAAACUGUAAUAUCGUCAAGUUAUUUGAGUCUUUUUCUGCUCUCGAGCAUCUUCACUUGAAUGACAUGUCCUUUGUUGCAGGAGCAGGUGAAAUACCGACAAGGCUUCCGUUUAAUCUUAAUUGUGUCAAACAUCUUUGUAUAUCUAGUAUUUAUCUGUCUGACUUGGGUGAGGUUUCAUGUGCUCUUUGCUUGAUAAGAAGCUUCCCAUAUUUACAGUAUAUGGAAAUGAAGGUGGAGGCUAGUGAUGACAAUGAUAUACCGGCUCUGGAAUCUCUUGAUGUGGAAAGCUUCUCAGAUGUGACAUUUAAUCACCUCAGGGAAGUUAAGCUAAUACAAACUAACGGCACAAUCCCUGAAAUGCAGCUUAUGAAGCUUCUGUUGGCCAAGUCUCCCAGGCUUGUGAGAAUGCUAAUCGAGCCAUGUCUCGUUGAAGAAUCUGCAACAGUCAAAAUACUUGCUGAGCUGACAAAACUUAAGCGGGCAUCACCUAAAGCAGAAGUUGUAUAUAAGUUGGAUAAGCGUCCAAAUCUCGGUCCUUUCUGAUCUUCACAGGUCUUUUGUCAGACUGUUACCCUAUUGAACAAAUGUUUUGGAAUUUGAUAUGAAUUGGCAGAAGCAAGUGUUGAUGCACUAGUAUAAUGUUGUGUUUUGCCUGAUUCUAUAACAUUGAGAGAUGUCUAAACAUCAGUUGGGGAUAUAAACAAAUGUGGAUAUAUGGUUUCUUCAACUUAUUCAUUACUGUGCUUUAUGCUUUUACUUUA